AUGGCCGAUGGGAAGAGCUCCACAGGGAGCGGCAGAGCCUUGCAUGCCGAGAACAUUGACUAUGUCGCCCAGCAAGACACUUUCACGCCCCGUCGCUCGCAUCUCACAGCUGCCGAACGUGCGAGGCGCAAUCUCAACGCCAAACUCGCCAACCCUCUCGCCGGCUACACGCACGACGAGCUGAAGAAGCAGGGUCUCCGAUUUAGCAUCACCCACCAGAUGGGCGACGAGGAGGAUAUCAGGGCCUUUGAGAUGGGCGCCGUGCUGGCCCAGGCUCCCGAGAAGUUCGAGGAAAUCGAGGGCUUGACGGAGAAUGAGCUGCGCGUGCUGCGCAAAGAGUUCACGAACCGGUGGUCUCAGCCGCCGCUGAUGUAUGUGGUGAUUGUGAUAUGUUCGAUCUGCGCGGCUGUCCAGGGAAUGGACGAGACGGUGGUCAAUGGGGCACAGGUCCUUUACAAGUAUCAAUUCGGCAUUGGUAAUGCCGAUGCUCGCUCGACCUGGCUGGUGGGCCUGCUCAACUCGGCGCCCUAUCUGUGUUGUGCUUUGGCGGGUUGUUGGCUGACGAUUCCAUUCAACCACUGGUUCGGUCGACGGGGUACGAUAUUCAUUACGUGUGUCAUCUCGACACUGGCUUGUGUCUGGCAGGGCUGUGUCAACACUUGGUGGCACAUGUUCAUCGCCCGAUUUGUCCUGGGAUUUGGUAUCGGUCCGAAAUCCGCAACAGUGCCCAUCUACGCCGCGGAGUCGAGUCCACCGGCCAUUCGAGGAGCCUUGGUGAUGCAAUGGCAAAUGUGGACAGCGUUCGGCAUCAUGUUUGGGUAUGCGGCAGAUCUAGCCUUUUUCGAAGUCCCUGACCCGCCAAAUAUUAUCGGGCUCAAUUGGCGUCUGAUGAUGAGUUCAGCAAUGUUCCCCGCUUUGAUUGUCUUGCUUUUGGUAUUUUUCUGUCCCGAGUCACCGCGCUGGUACAUGAGCAAAGGCCGUUUCGACAAGGCGUAUCAAUCGAUGUGUCGGCUCCGUUACACGAAGCUACAGGCAGCGCGAGAUGUUUACUAUAUUUACACCCUGCUCGAAGCCGAGACGAGCAUGAAACUUGGCCAGAAGAAGUUGGUAGAGUUGAUUUCCGUGCCUCGAAAUCGCCGUGCUUUAAUUGCGUCAGAGUUGGUUAUGUUUCUGCAGCAGUUCUGCGGCGUCAAUGUCAUUGCCUACUACUCGUCAGAAAUAUUCUUGCAGGCGAACUUUUCGCCCAUUUCCGCUUUCAGUGCUUCCCUAGGGUUUGGCGUUGUCAACUGGCUCUUCGCCAUACCAGCUAUAUACACAAUCGAUACAUUUGGGCGCCGUAAUCUACUCUUGUCGACAUUUCCCCUCAUGGCGCUUUUUAUGUUUUUUACCGGCUUUAGUUUCUGGAUACCAGAAACUCACCAUACGGCCCGCCUAGCAUGCAUAUCCCUGGGCAUGUUCCUGUUCGGUGUAGUCUACUCGCCAGGAGAAGGACCGGUUCCGUUCACCUAUUCCGCAGAGGCCUAUCCACUGUACGUCCGAUCGUACGGGAUGUCUCUGGCAACAGCAACCACCUGGUUCUUCAAUUUUAUUCUCGCCAUCACAUGGCCGUCCUUAUCAGCCGCGUUUUCGACUCCCGGCGGGUUUGCCUGGUACGGUGCAUGGAACGUGAUUGGAUGGUGGCUCAUACUAAUGUUUAUGCCUGAGACAAAGGGCAAGACUCUCGAAGAACUCGACCAGGUCUUCUCCGUACCAACCCGCUUCCAUGCGGCAUGGGGUCUGCGCCAGAUCCCGUACUUUGUCAAGCGAUACAUCUUCCGGAGAAAAGUCAAGGCGGAAGUUCUGUAUGAGAAGGAAGAUGUCGUUCAGCCAGAGCAGGCUAUGUAUAGAGAACUGAGGAUGAUUGCUUAA